AUGGCGGAGGCACUUGGCACCGCAUCUGCCAUUGCAACCUUUGCUACACUUGCUUUCCAAUCUUCUGUCGCCCUUUAUCAGACAAUCCAGAGCCUCCAUUCUCGAGACAAAGUGAUCCGGGAGCUCCGCGAAGAACUUGAGUCACUUCAGAAUGUACUACAGGCGCUAGGAGAAUCCAUGGCUAGCCUUGAUACCGAUCUUGCCUCCCUUGAACAACCUCUGAAGAGAUGCAAUCAUGCCUGCGGAGAGUUCAAUCUUCUGAUUAAGCGAUGUACGCCCCGUUCGACCGAUGAAAAGGCUAGUAGAAUCGACUGGCUCCGAAUCCGGUAUGUGGGGCAGGAUAUAUCUGGUUUCAAAAAUAUGUUGGCGGGGUACAAAUCCACCAUUUCAAUCGCCCUUGCCUAUGCAAAUUUGCGCACAACCAAAACCACAAGACUCGUGCUUGAGGAAUACAAAGAGCUCAUCGAGAAUACAAAAUGUGAUCUGGAGAACCACCUUGAUGACAUUCGAACCCGAAUUCAGAACACCAGCCUGCAACAUCAUUCUGAAGUUCCCCUGGAGGACGCAGAUCUCCGGGUGAUGGAGGACGAAAAGAAUAGCACGAAAAAGAGCCUAGAAAUCUGUGACAAAUUUCUUGUGCUCAUUGAUCAAUCACGGCCUCAGCUGUUAGGUAUGGACGAGCAAUCUUCGCGAAUGGGUGAUUAUACCCCAUCACCGGCAGCUUUGGAUCCACACAUAGCUCGUAGCAUGCCAUUUUUGAUUAAUUCUGAAGGACUCUUCUCGACACAAAAAGAGCUGAGCAGUUGGAGAUUGAAACUCUUGAAACAUCUCAUUGGCCUUGACGGGAAUGUCCGAAGGCAGCAGCAGCGGUAUCUUCCUAGUGCGGAAAGCGAACUACGGCCUGAAGAAGAAAGCUAUCAGGAGGAGUUGAGUGGAACUGAAGCCCUUUUGGAGCUCUGCAAACAAGCAGAGGGCGAGGCAAACCGACAAGGAACUCACUUCUUUGAGGAUGUGAGCACAGGGAACAACAGCCGGCAAGCUAUUGUUACCACGCUAGAUGAUCUUAUUUCGGCAAAGCGUAUCAAGUCCGGCGACAGCUCAUUCCAGGCGCUUGGUAACAUGUCAAACGAGAGCAUACAAUGUUUUUUCCGGGACCCUGAGCUUCGUUCCAAUUCGAACGGCGCGAACGGCGAGAACGGCCAUACGCGGAGCUCGGCCACAUCGACCAAAGAGCCUAGUGGCAAUUUGUCCGAGUACAGCUCUCAAUACAUUCAGAAGGCCCUCUAG